AUGGAGGGCGGCAAAAAAGUUCCAGACAAAUUCAGGCUGCUGGUGGUGGUGUUCUUUUCGGGCAAUACAGGGAAUGGGGAACCCUUCAACCCGUUUUUGGGGCUCCAGAAUCUGACCAUCACUGUCCUGUUUCGACGUCGUUCAAAGGGUUUGGCCUAUGUGGAGUUCUACUUGCAAGAAGCGACGCUGAAAGCCUUGGCGCUCAGUGGCCAGCCGGUCAAGGGCCAGGCGGUGCGUGUCCAGCCGAGUCAGUCGGAGAAGAACCGAGCGGCGCAGGCCGCCAAAGCAUCCAUCCAUUACACAGCACCCAGAGAGACACCGCUGCGCUUGUACGUGGGUGGCCUGACCGACUCUUUGGCAAACAUCUCAGAGGAAGAGCUGAAGAAGUUGUUCUCGCCCUUCGGCCACUUGGUCUUACUGCGAGGCUUCGCCUUCGUCCAGUUCAAGAACGCCUCGGAGGCCCGCGAAGCCAUGACGGCCAUGAAUGGCUUCCAGCUGGCAGGCAAAGAGCUCAAGGUGGGUAUUGCUCGGGAUGCCAAGAUGGACCGCGGAUCUCCAGGUUUCGUCAGGCCGGGUAUGUUGAAGGACGCCAACGAUCGCUUGGCGCUGAUGCAAAAGUUGCAGCGCGAUCCUCUCCAAGGAGGUGUCUUGUCUGCUGAACGGGCUAAGACCAUCAGCGCGCGCCAGGAAGGCCUCCUGGUGCAAGCUGGGGAUGCUUAUGCUGCGGCGGCGCUGAGUAUGGUGCUCCACACGGUGAGCCCUUGGAUCCCGACCUUCCGCUCUGAUGUCCGGAUCUUUUGCGUGACCGCUGCGAACGGCCAAGAGAGCGCCUGGCUGGGCGGCGGCGCAGACCUCACGCCCUACUACCUCACAGAGGAAGAUGUCAGAUACUUCCACGGAGUCUACAAGAACUUGUGCAACACAGCUCUUGAAGGAAUCCCCAACUUCUGCUAUACCUCGAUGAAGCAGGCAUGUGAUGAGUAUUUCUACUUGCCCGCUCGCCAAGAACACCGUGGGACUGGGGGAAUUUUCUUUGAUGACCUGCCUGUAGAUGAGGAGAGCCUUGGCUUCGUGGAGGGUGUCGUGGAGUCCUGGAUGCCUUCUUGGCUUCCCAUCGUGACCAAGAGGCGAGGUGAAGCAUACACUGAGAAGCAGAAGCAUUGGCAGCUGCUGAGGCGCGGGAGAUAUUUGGAGUUCAAUCUCUUAUACGACCGUGGAGUGAAGUUCGGUCUGGCAAAUGCCAACCCGCGGGUGGAGGGCGUCAUGGUCUCAGCGCCACCAAAGAUUGCCUUUGAAUACAAUCACAAGGUGGAGGAAGGCAGCGCAGAAGAGGCCUUGAUGAAGGUACUUCACGGCAUGUUCAAUCCAUCGCAAGUGAACUUGGCGGCCGACCCGGAGUUCUUCAACGAUAUCCAUGCAGAUGUCGAGCAGGAGUGCCGCAAAUAUGGCUCCGUGAUCAAGGUCUUUGCCGAUCAGGGCAGCAGCAAAGGAGACGUGUGGGUGAAGUUUGUGGAUGCUACCAGCGCGGCCAAUUGCCAGCGAGCAUUGGACAGGCGGAUCCCGAAACACACGGACCAUCGAGAGGCAAAAGUGAGCAAUUGGACCUAUUUGGUAUUUGAAGCUUUUCCUGUUGCAAUGUCUUUUCCAUGGGUGAUACUUGGCAUCAUGUGA